AUGGAACCAUCUGAAAAUCUGAGCAGGAGGCCUGCAGUAGAAUUAGUUAAAGAAGACACAAAACAGAUUAGUCUUGGGGAUUGCAUGGUACCGGAGAUUGUAUGUAAACUAAAGAAAAGUGAUUCUGACCUGUGGUACCAUAUUAAAAGAUACAGGUACAUUAUAAACAACCCCUGCUGGGAUAAAGACACAGUGUUUCUCCUAGUGCUAGUUGUGUCCGAUCCUCGUGAUUUUAUGACCAGGGACAUGUACCGAAAGACGUGUGGGAGUGUUAAAGACGUUCUUGGAGAGAAAAUAAAAACUGUAUUUGUCGUCGGUCAAACAAAUGAUUCAGGCGUGGAACGUGGGAUAUUAGCAGAAAACUCUGAACACAGAGAUAUCAUCAAAAUGACAUUUAUCGACACGUACAAAAAUUUCACUCUAAAGACACUACUGGCCAUGCGAUGGGCCAUUGAUUACUGUGCAGGUGCGAAAUUCGUCUUAAGGUGCGGGCACGAUGUUAUCGCAAAUUACCGCCAGAUUAUUAGAUACUUGAAGGAUCUUCCAAAAUUCAAGACGGAAACGUUAUUCACAGGCUAUUUACAUUCGAAAGGGAAUUCGCCUUUUCGAAAUCCAAAGCACAAAUAUUAUCAGUCAUUUAGGCAGUACAGUGGAAGUACAUACCCGGCUUACCUUUCGGGGUUUGCUACAGUAGCCUCAUUCGAAUUCAUCAGAGUCCUCCAUUCAGCUUCGUUUUGGAAACAUCUCUUCAUUGAAGAUGUGUACCUCGCCACACUGGCGCACGAAAACGGAAUCGAACUUGUCCACAAUCCAAACUUUUGGUUGACAGUUCCUCCAAAAUUAAAGAAAGAUUCUUGUCUUCUCUCAAUGCUGUUGGCCAUUCACAAGGCCCCUAACUUUAAAUUUUGGAGUAUUUUGUAUGAUUUGGAAAAACCAAGAGUUGUAAACUGCAGUCAAAAACAAGAGAUCAAGAUGCGUGAAAAGAUGCAGGGACACAUGUAA